AUGAUCAUGAUUUGGGAGAUGUAUCCAAUGGACCAACAUGUUUUUCACAAAACGAAUCAGAUGAUCUUAUAUGUACACUCUGAUCUUUUUUGCCUUAUAGGCAUAUCACAUGGCGUGCCCUUUAAUUCUGUGAAAUCUACCUAUAGUAACGAACACUAUGUCCUUCCUGGAGAAUCUAGACCCACGUUAUAUGAUAUUAGUCUAAUUUUAGACCCCAACAAUGAGACUUCAUUUCUUGGAAAUGUAUCUAUAAGAAUCGUACCUGAAAGAAACACUCAACAGAUAGUGUUACAUGCUAUGGAAAUGCAGAUUACAAGAAUUGAGUUACAUACUGAAGCAAACCCGGCUGCUAAUCUAAUGAGCACUUACAGUUUGACAAAUGACACCCAAUUUUUAACUGUUGAGUCGAACACGCCGCUAUCAACGUGGCAGGCCUACAUCUUGAAAGUAGAAUAUGUAGGAACAUACUCUAGAAAUAUGUUCGGCGUUUACGUAUCAAAUUAUCAAUAUAAUGACCAGUCCUAUAAUCUAGUGACAUCUCAACUCCAGCCUACAUACGCUCGAAGUGUUUUUCCCUGCUACGACGAACCUCAUCUAAAGGCUAUAUUUAGAACAACAAUAUACGCUCCGCCACAGUAUAUGGUUGUAAGAACCAAUAUGCCAUUGAGAGAAGACACUUCAAAGCCUGAUGUGCAAGGUUACGUUAAACAUGAAUUCCGGGACACAAACGUGAUGUCCACAUACCUUAUAGCUUUUCUUGUAUCCAACUUCGAGUUUAUAACAAAUGAGCCAACUAUGAUACUUUACCGUGUACCAUUCAGAAUAUAUUCCAGAAGAGGCACUCAGUCUACGGCCUUAUUUGCCCUGGAUUAUGGUCAACGAAAUAUGAGAGAAUUACAGAAUUAUAUGCAAUUCAUUUACGCUCUGCCAAAAAUUGACAAAGUAGCUGUACCUGAUUUUGCUGCUGGUGCUAUGGAAAAUUGGGGAUUGGUUAUUUAUAGAGAGGAAGCACUUCUUGUCCAAGAGGGCGUUACUACUACAGCAACUUUACAGAACAUUGGCCGUAUUAUUUGCCAUGAAAACGUGCAUAUGUGGUUCGGAAAUGAAGUAAGUCCACGGUCUUGGACUUAUACAUGGUUGAAUGAAGGCUUCGCUAAUUUCUUUGAGAACUUUGGAACUGAUUUGGUAUAUCCAACAUGGCGUAUGAUGGACCAAUAUGUUCUUGCCAUGCAAAACGUGAUGCAGAGCGAUGCUGUACUCUCCGUUAACCCCAUGACGCAUCCAGUAUUCACACCUUCUGAAAUCAUUGGCACGUUUAAUGCCGUUGCUUAUCAAAAAUCUGGCUCCGUCAUUCGUAUGAUGCAACACUUCCUUACGCCUGAGAUAUUCAAUAAUGGUCUCAUCAUCUACAUAAGAUCAUAUUCAAGACGAAGCGCUCAACCAUCGGACCUAUACGAGGCGUUACAAUUGGCGUUGUUUGGAUCCAGUCACGAUAUUCCUGACCCUAUUGAAAUAAUUAUGCAGAGAUGGACGGAACAGGGUGGUUUCCCAGUCCUGACUAUAAGAAGAUCAAGAACUAGUGCAGAGUAUAUAACAGUCAAUCAGGAACGGUACCUCACUGACCCUUCACUAUCAUCAAGGGAGAGGUGGCAUGUACCUAUUAAUUGGGUACUCUCUACAAAUCCAAAUUUCACAAACACAAGUCCUCAAGCUUGGGUAAUACCCAUACCUGGUAAUGCAGCACUCCGUUUUAAUAUUCCAGGAUUAAAUGAAUCUGAGUGGUACAUUUUAAAUAAACAACAAACAGGAUACUAUCGAGUGAACUAUGACGAGGCUAACUGGCGUGCGUUAGCGAAUGCCCUACAACGCUCUCACGGAACAAUACAUUUGUUAAAUCGAGCACAGAUUAUCGAUGAUUCUUUCAACCUUGCCAGAAGUGGAAGACUAGAAUAUGUUAUUGCCUUCGAAGUGUCUAGAUAUUUGAUAAACGAGACUGAUUACAUCCCUUGGGGGGCGGCGAAUGCGGCUUUUAGCUACCUGGAUAUCGUUCUCAGCGGUUCUGAGGCCUAUCGACUAUUUCAGCAAUAUGUACUUACACUCACCGCGCCUCUAUACGAUCAACUUGGGUUCAUAGCAGGAUACGGAGAAGAACACGUCACUCCUUUCCACAGGAACAUUAAUUUAGAUUACAAUUGUCGUUAUGGCAACCAACAAUGCGUCAACAGAUCUCAAGAACUUUUACAACAAUUAAGAGAUAACCCUAACCAGUCAUUAAAUCCUGAUGUCCAGACUGUAGUAUUCUGCUCUGGUCUCCGCGGCGGAAGCGCUGAUAACUUCCACUUCCUCUGGGAUAGGUAUAGUGCAAGCCAGGAUUCUAGCGAACGAUCUACUUUACUUAAUGCCUUGGGCUGUACUUCUAAUGCUGGACUACGUGAAUUCUUCCUCAAUCAAGUACUUGAUGACAACUCACCUGUGAGAGACCAGGACAGACACUCUAUUAUUGUAUCAACGAUAAACGCUAGCUCCGAAAACAUGGAAGCAGCCUUAGAUUUUGUGAUAGAAAACUUCGCACGUAUUCAGCCAAGGGUACAAAUGCUUACCGGCACUACGAAUAUCCUUAAUGCCUUUUCCAGGAGAUUAACAACCGCAGCACAUUCCGCUAAAAUUGACUGGCUUGUCAGCAAUCACACUGCCAUAUUUUCGGCGGGCGAGAGAGCUGCAAUAGCUGGCAUAAGAGAAAACAUUGUAGCAUCUAUUGCUUGGAGCGAGAAGAACUACAAUCAAGUCAACUCAUGGUUGAAUGAUAACUACGGUGAUAAUGAUGAUGAUGGUGGUGGAGGUGAUGGUGAUGAUAGUGAUGAUGGUGGUGAUGAUGGUGAUGAUGAUGAUGGUAACAACGCUAAUGCCUUAGCAUCUUGCUUCCUUGUGAUUAUUUCUAUCUUCAUCACUAUUUAUAACCGC